AUGGACUUCAGUGAUGAUGAUGGGUUUAGUGAUGAUGAUGAAUUCAUCGCAUUGACACUUAAACCACCACCAAGAGCUACAGCUACCCAACAAACACCACAACCACAUUUACAAGUAACUUCAUCAAGAUCAAAUCAAAUAUCAACAAAUCAUGAUUCUCAAAACUUUGGUAAUACAUUGGGUAACACAUUGGGGAAUGUUAAUACACAAGAUAAUGAAAUAUUCAUUGCUAAAGGUGAAAUUGCAGUUUUAAGAGCUAAAAUAUCAGAAUUAGAAAGAUUAAAAAAUUUAGAACGUGAUGAAUUAUUAAAUAAACAACAACAAGAAAAAUCUUUAAAUGAAAAUAAAAUUAAUGCUUUGGAGAAUGCUGUACAAAGAUUAGAAGAUGAAAGAAAAUUUCUUUCAGUAGAAAUUAGAAAUUUAAAUCAUAUAAGAAAGAAAAAAAAACCUAAUGAAUCAACACCAGAACCAAAAGAACCAGAGCCAAAACCAAAACAAACUAGACAAUCAACUCCACAACAACAAGUACCACCACCAGUACCACCAGUAGUACAACCACCACCGCCAAAGCCUAAAACAAUCAGAUUAUCACAUCCUAAACAACAAACUUCUGAAAAUCUAUUAUUUAUUCAAUCAUUACAAUCACAUACAUUACCAUCAUGUCCCAGAUCAACUCUAAAUUAUUUAUCACAUAUUUCAAUCCCCAAACCAUUCGAAAACCAAGAAGAUCUCAUGUUUCAAAUCCCACAAGAUCAACCUUUAGAAACUUAUAUUUUAAAAUAUUUAAUGGUUUUACAAUCUUCACAUAGAUUAGAUAAUCUUUUAACACAAUUUAUAUUAAAUUUAUUAAAAUUAAUUAAAUUCAUUCAUUUAGAAAUCCAAAAAAAUCAUGUUUCGUUACCAUUCUUAACUUCAUUAAUCCAUUGUUGUAUUGGAUUUAGACCAAUGGCUAUUACACCCAAGGUAAGGUAUGAAAUUUUUCAAUCAAGUUUAAACUUAAUCCAAUUUUUUUCAUAUAUUAUUAAAAAACAUGAAUUUAUUGAUGAUGAUUUAUUAAAUUUAAAAAAAUUUCAAAUUGGAAUUGUUCAGAAUAAAGUACUUGAUGGUUUAAUUUAUCAAUUUAAUGUUGAAGUUUUAGAAAAUUUACUAUUGAUUGAAAAUGAUUUAAAUUCAAUUGAAUCAUUUUGGAACAUGAUACAACCCGAUGAAUUGGAAAUUUUUUCAAAUUCUAUUAAAUUAGGUAUAAAUUCUGGUUGUAUUGGUGUUAUGUAUUCAUAUAUUGAAAUAUUAAUUAUAUUAAAUGAAUAUGAUAAUUUAGGAUUCUUAGAUUUAAAUUUAUUAAAUUUAUUAAGUAAAAAUUUUUAUGAUGAAAUUGAUGGAGUUAUAGAUUUAGAAUUUAUUGGGAUGAAUAGAAUGUUUCAAGAUGAAAUUGAAUCAUGGAGAUUAAUUGAUGGAUUAGUAUUACAAGAAGGAGUUUCAUCACAACAACAAGUUAUUUAUUCAUUAGAAGAUAGGUUUACUUUUAAUAAAUUAGAAUUUAAAUUUAUUAAUUUACAAUUAAAAAUUUGUGAAUUAUUUGAAAUUUUCCUUAUAAAUAACAUUUCAAAAGAUGAUGAGAUAACCAUUAUAAAAAAUUCAAAUUUAUUGAAAACUUUAAUUACAAGUAUUGGUAAACAACAAGAAUUUAUUUUUAAAACACCUCGUGGUCAAAUAACACAUCUUAGAUCAAAAUUAAUUUCAAAUUUUAUAAAAUUAAUUCAUUUCAUAUGGGAAUUAUCAAUAUCAACAACAAAUUAUAUCCCAAGAUUAACAAAAGAUUUAACUCAUGAAUUAAUAAUAACAUUAUCUCGUAUAGCAUUCAGUUCAAAUGAAACAAAUAAUGAAGCAUCUGAAUUCAUAUAUAAAUUCAGAUCAAUAGAUUCAAACUCCACAAUUUUCAACCAAAGAAGUGAAUCAAGAUCAAGAGAAUUAAACCAUAUAUUAACUCAAGAUAAUAAUAUAGAUUUAAUUGUUAAUGCAGAGAUAUCAAUAAGUAAUGGUAUAGAAUUUGCUUAUGAUGAUAUAAUUGUGGAAUUAUCAAGAGAUAUAUUGGAAAAAUGUACUACAAUGGAUGAAGCUGAUAAUUUAUAUUUAUCAAUGAAUGUAUAG